AUGGCAAACGAAUUCAACGCGUCCUACUUCUGUUUUACCCAGGCCCGCUGCAGACUUUGCCAGUUCCCUGUGCGCAGAGGCGACGUAAUUAUAGCAGCUGUCGAAGAAGGCUUCGCUACCGAGUUCAAACUUCCACACUUCGGAGACUUCUGGGACCGAGGGCUUCACAUCAAAUUUCACAUUUGCUUCCUCAAGAAAUGUAGAGUUCGUGAAGAAGCGACCGUGUGCUAUCAUGUUGAUUGCUAUCGUGACCGCUUGUACUCAAUUACGCCGAUAUUCCUGGCCGGAACUGAGUUCUCCUUUACCCCUUUUCCCGAGGAGGAACGGCGACGGGCUGAAUUCAACCGGCAGAUUCUGGCUUGCAAAUUGGAGCAGAUGGACUUUGGGGCCCAACGUCUUCCAUACGAGUUGUGGUUGAUUGUUGCCCGGCAUCUAGUCCGGUGGUGCGCUCUCCAUAUGUUGGAGUGCCAGGUGCGUACAGCUGAUAAAGUUGGCGAUUCUGUCCUUGACUUGAAUCAAUCUGUGUUCGCAUCCUACAUAAAGAUCGAUGGUCGAUACUACAUCAAGAGACUGCAAAACACACCCGAUUCAAGAAGUGGCAGUGGAUGCUGCCUUCUACUACCGACUCGAAACUCAAGAGAGAAGGACACGAAUAUUCUCGUCGCAGAGGAUCAUAUCGGAAUUCGUCGACUGGCUUUUGUUUCAACAAGAAAUCUGGAGGAAUGGUGUCGCAACCAAUCUAGUGUGCCCGGCGCCUGGUGGAAGAACAUUUCUCAGGGAGUUAUGCCCUCUGCCAUCACCAUCAACGGUGAUGGCCUAAAGGUGAGAAGUAUCCAGAGCAGCCAAAUGCAAGACUUGGCUUUGGUCGGCUGGCCGACCCCUCUGUCAUCACCUCCACUCGUCGUCAAACUAGCGACAUUGGAACCACCCCGUGAUCCUCCAGAUGGGCUUCGCAUGGACUUCUUCGAUUGCAACGCACCUGACACGAUCGGAUACUCGGUGGCGCUCAAGGGACGCUCAAUUGCUGGGGUCGUUGCCCACAAAAAAGGUGAAGCAGACGUCCGAAGCGUGUACGAGAAAACCUGUCCCACGGACUGCUACUGGCAGUUUAUGCCUAUAAAUGAAGGGGAGUAUCUCACCGAUAUUUGCAGGCUAACCACGCCGCCUUUUGCAACGAGACAGGACGUUACUGGAAUGACUGUGAGGGAAAUGCCCUUUCUUUACCACUAA